GAAGUUAAGGACACAGCUCUCUGCCAUUGUUCUUGUUCUGGAAGUCUGGGAAGGACGGGACGACGCUGGUCGGGUACCGGACGGCGGGUCUGUCGUUAUGACGGGCUCCGGUCCGAAGCUGGGGGUCCUCCUGCUGCUGGCGGUUCUGCUGCAGACUGUGGUCGUCACCAUCACCGUGCUGCACUUCACCACUGCUCUCAAUUCGAUGAAGGAGACGUUUGCCAGGAGCAGCGUUUCCUGCCUGACGGGCUCUGACCUGCAGAGCAUCACGGCCGUUCGGGGGGAUCCGUGCUGGCAGGUCACUCAGCAGCUUCACCUGCUCAUUGAGAAGUCUCUGUCUCAGCGCUACCAGAAGCAGAUUUCAUCGGCAGUCAGAGAUGAAGUGUCUCGGGUGCUGCCCUCGCUUGUGAUGGUGGACAGGGCUUCACCUCGCCCCAAAGUCGCAGCCCACGUCACUGGCAGCUUUGUGCCCAAACUGGAUCGGGAGGGAGGAGCUCCAGCCUCCGCCGGCCGCCGGGUUCAGGGCCAGAAGAUUUCGUGGUGGGAGGGGCAGAAGGGGCUGGCCUUCCUCCAGGACGUCCAGCUGGUGGACGGGGAGCUGGUGGUGCCGCAGCCCGGCCUCUACUACGUCUACGCCCAGACCUACUUCAGACACACCCACUCCCUGGAGGAGGAGGGCGAGGACGGCGAGGAGGGGGAGGACAGGGGGAGACCCCUGCUGCAGUACGUCUAUAAAAAGGUGAGCUCCUACCCGGUCCCCAUCCUGCUGAUGAAGACGAGCCGAACCUCUUGCUGGUCUCGGGGCUCCCAGUUUUCUCUGCACUCCGCCCACCAGGGGGGGCUGUUCCCGCUCAGCAGCGGCGACCGCCUGUUUGUCACUGUGACCAACGCCUCUGCCGUGGACAUGGACGAGAAAAGCAGCUUCUUUGGGGCGUUUCUCAUCAGCUAGGCGAUCAGGACUCUGGGUCGCAGGCUGAUCUGAGGACACGAACCAGAUGGACAGACACCGGCCUGUUUUUCGUGUUUGCGAUGGAUGAAUCAGUGUGGUUAAACAUCAGAGCGUUGAAGCCCAGAGACGCCUCUCCGAUUAAUGAACCCAGAAACUGAAAAACUGCAGGACGAGCCUGUCUUUCUGUUUUCAGGAUCACAAACCAAAAGAAUUUGACAGCACUGGUUUCAUGGGUGGAGAUUCAAGGCUGUGUGUGUGUGUGUGUGUGUGUGUGUGCGUGUGCGUGUGCGUGUGUGUGUGUAUGUGAGCUAAUCAGAUGUUUGGAUUUGAGUGUGUUGAAGUUUGUGUGGCUUGGACUUCGCAGAGAUCGCGGUUUCCGUUGUACAAACAUCUCUUCGAGGCAGAAGUGUAUUUUUUUUUUAAGGUGAACUUCAGAGCAGCAGAUUCUCUGAUUUAAGUUCCCUAAUUAGCGUUAAAGAGCUGAGAGGAAGCUUCAGGUGAAACAUGACAUGCUGUUAAUGAGCAAGGCGUCAGGUGUCAGGUGACAGUCUGCACUCUGAGGCUGCAGUCAGAUGUGAUUGGCCUGUUUGUACCCUCUUUAUUUGUUUGUGCAGUUCUAAACAUUUCCCUCUGACCCCCGACUAAUAACUGGUUUACUCUAUUUCUCACUUUUUUAGCUUUUUUCACAUAAGAUCCAAAAAGCAGUCGUGUGCAAAAAAACACAAAUUUAAUGCUACAACCUCGAGCCCUUGUGUGAACUAUCAUGUUCAGGUCAAUGCGGUCUCCGGUUUCCAAACAGUUAACUAUUUUAUGAUUGUCCACAAGGGGGGGCUGUUUGGACAUUAAAAGAUAUAAGACAUAUACGCAUGCUCACCUGCGCCACCUAUAGGAAAGUAAUGCUGUCGCAGUUUAGACUAUUCUAUUUAUUCUAGUUUAGACUAGUCUAUUUCAUUAAUUUUAUAGCAAACGCUUGAUGAUUCAUUCUUUACUGAAAAACUGACGUCUGCCUUUAAGGACUGUUUGUAUGAACACGCGAUUAUUUGACUCCACCUGCAUAAAUGUUUGCUGAGACUCUGGAUUUGUGUUUGUGUUAAGAUGUAAAUAUUGUGCUUUAAUUUGUUUUUUAAUUUUCUGGUUGUGGAGCGCUCCGUGGACUGUCCUCUGCUCUUCAUCGUGCCUCAGUCAGAUGUCCAACAUGUCCAAAUUUUAAAACAUUGCUGCGUAAUAAUCAGACUCAGUGCUGUGUCUCUGCUGGCAGCAGCACCGCAGCCUCUCGCCGCUGUCGGUCUUCCAGUACGUUGGCUCGACCAUUAUAACCGUUCUCCAAAUGGUGCAUUAAAUGCUCCCUAAUGGUUGGUAUUCUUGGGCAUUCGUGUCAUGUUGGAUUAACUGCAGCUGUGACAGACAGACUCUGGAAAAUAAUCAUUCACAUGCAUGCAAACAUCAGAAAUAUGGGAUUAUUUUUCUGGAGCUCAUCUGUCUCCCAUGUGAUUGUGGCGAUCACUGCUGCAAAUCCACUGAUGCUCAAGGACACACAAACCAAAAUUAUAAGUUAUAUUCGCCUUGAGGAAAGCUGGAUGAGUCAGGGAAUAUAACAAAGCUCGAAGGGUCAUACUUGAUUUAGGAAAUGGUAGCUUGACAAAAAAAAUUCUUCACUUAAGGUUCGCUUACUAGAUUUCUUGUGGGACAAACCACUUGGAGGGGAGGCUGCAGUUCCUCAAACGGCCACUUGAGGCUGGUUCCAACAGCAAGUCAAUCCCCAUAGACCUUCAUGUUAAAAUACCCAUCUUUACAGCAGAAAUAAGCAUGUUCACAGCCUGGUUUUGGUCUCUAAAGCUAAUAAUAUAGAACUCAGCUCUUUAAAUUCUAUUGAGGCUUAAAGUUAUGCAUAAUUAUGGGUAUGGCUGCUUUGAGUGACAGCUAGCUCAGCUCCACCCACACUCCACCUCCUUGCUCAUUUUUGAGUCAGUCAGGAGUUUGGCAGUCAGCCACUGGCCAGAUGGAGGCAGCCAGAGCCACGUCCAUGUUUUAUACAGUCUGUUACCAGUUUGUCAUGCAUGUCAUGUGAUGACAACUGAUUGGCUGCUGAAGUCCAUGAGAUGUGGCUGAAAGCUAAUAUUAAUGUAAUGCUAAUAUUUCCAGUCAAGAUUUAACCCCCAAGCUCAGUUAAGUUCCCUGACUCAUCCCGUUUUAGCAGCCAAACUUUGUUUUUUCCAAUAUGACAUGAAUGCAGCGUUCACUGUAGCACUUAUGUAAAUAUCACGUUAACUUUGCCUUUUUUCUCCUUUAUUUCGUUUUUUUCGAUAUGAAUGUAUAGAUUUCCUUUACAGAAUGUUUGUGCUGGUAUCCACACAGAUCAGAUUUGUUUUGUAUGUAUUUUACACUCCGGGACCAAAGACGAUGUAAAAUGAGUAGUGGUGAUUUAAAGGCCUUGUUUGUGCUCCUUGAUAUGAAUGUACUGACACAAAUCAGUAGUUUUGAGUUGACUGAUGGUGAGGUGGAUGUUGACAGCAUCCUGAGACACUGAUGUAAAUGCAAACAGUACCUGGAACAGUAACUGGAAGCAUCCACCUGCGGUCGGUCUUCUGGACCUCGGACACCUGGAAGGCAUCAGAAAGCACACACCUGUACACAAAUCAGCUCGUCAACAAUUGAACAAAAUUUGAAUCGUUUACCAGAUUGACCGAAACUAAAUGUGAAUGUAAAUAACAAGGAGUUUCUGUGUGUAAAUAUGUGAAAUAAAGAUGCUGUAAA